ACUCAUAGAGCCCAUAGAAUAAGGAGCCUGCACGAAGUGUACGUAAAAAAACAAAAGCUCUAUACCCCCUAGUGUUUCAUACUGUGAAUGUGCCGCCAUCUAUCGAAACUCGUAGAGAAAACGUGCCUAACACAGCGUUGCUGGGAUGUGUUUGCUAGUACCACCAUGCAUGGAGUUUCCUACGCCACCCACCACCCCCGCCACCACUGACUACUGGGGUGCCUAAGCUUUUCGACGCCACUGGCGGUUAUCCCAGUAUGUGCUGGUCGCGAUGUAAACCGUGAACACUUCUUCACGAACUGCGCUUCCUUUCGUUGUAUUGUGGAAUGCCAUAUCCGUGGUUAUGCGCUCUUCCCAGCGAUUACCGGAAAUGUACUACGGUUUCUGCAAGAGUGGUAGAAUUUGACGACGAUUGACUUCGGCCACUACUCUUCACUGGGAAAACAAUGGUGAUGAAAUAAUAACUGACGGCACUAUGGACUGCCGUGUUUCGUGUUGCAUGUUAUACGAUCGUCUGAGUCACCGGAAAGAACGAUGCAAAACUGAAAAGUCUCGUUAUUUUUAGACCGCAGUGGUCUUGUGCGAUGUAAGCAAGCUAGCGCAAAGCGCGCGGUUCCUCAGCGCCAUCAUCUGGCUUGCAGCAUCUCUUUGUACUACUAAAACGCGGUCAUGGAAACCCGCGUAUUCAUAAACAUCGAUGUGGAGCCGUUUUGUACAAAACUUAUUUUUCCCGUUGGUGUCCCAGCAGCUGGCUAUGUUCGGAUUAUUUUUGGAGAUUUUGCUAAAACUUGCUCGAAGUACAGAGUUGCGAAUGAUGGUGCAGCCAAUUGUGAAAGUGACGGCGCGACAGCUGUCAAUGACAAAGUAUUCGUACGAUCACCAUCUGUUGACGGGGAACCUUUAUGCACAUUAAAGACGGCAGCUUUGCCCGAUGACUUGAAUGACGAUUGCGUUGCGGCGGAGGAGCCGGAGGAACCGAAGCAAGUCUGCGAGGAGCUUGCACCUCAGUUACCUGAUCCGGAGGAGCCGAAUGAACUCUCAGAAGCCCAGUCGCAUGCCGUGUCAGCAAAUGAGCUUUCCAGUGACCGGCGGAAACAAAAGAAUCCUAUGAAAAUACGGUUAAGGACCGUACCUCUUUCACCGUUACCCGAUGCCACACGGAGGUCGAGUCGCACACGCAAUGCAGCUACCGUUCGUUACGUAAGCAGUAGUUCAGAUGAUGAUUUUAAUCGUGACAGUGGGGACUCAGAUUGGAGCGGGUCUGAUGAAUCGUUCGAAAAAGCUCCAAAACUCAAACGGACUAGGAGGUUCUCAGCACCAGUAAGAAGGGCGUCAACUGUUGGGAGAAAAGCGACGUCAUCAAGAAAAUCGUUGCCGGCCAAGAGAGUAUCAACACCUGCAAAAAAAUCAUCCGCGCCUAUGCGGAAAUCUACAUCUCCGUUAAAAAAGACUGCUGCUGUUGCAAAGGUUUCAAGUUCUGUGACAGAGACCCCAACUCCCAAAAUUGCACCUUUAAACAUAAAGGCACUGAAACAACAGUCUCAGGAGAGGCAAGCCCUGAAAGCAAGCAUCAAAGCAAAAUCAGAUGAAACAUUUACAUGCGAGGAAUGUGGUCAAACCUUCAGUUCAAGGCUAAAGUAUAAAAAGCAUUCAUGGACACACAAGCCAAAGAGUGAGCAUCCACACAGAUGUGAUGUGUGUGACAAGCUCUUUGCAACCGCAUUCACACUUGAGCGACAUCAGGCUGCUCACUGCAAAGGCAUGCCUAACUGCUGUGAAAAAUGCAGAAAAGGAUUUGCAACCCCAGAGGAUUUGGCCAAACAUGAAGAGACUCACAAAGACUAUCGAUGUGAAUGUUGCUCCCAGCUCUACUUGAGCUAUCGAGGGCUUCGAAAGCACUACACACAGUUUCACAAAAAUGAGAUGUUACAGAAACAGCAAAGCAGUGGCACUGCAAGGGAAGAUGGGGCGACAGGCAAGGGCGAGUCUGAGAAUGGUGCUGGUCAGAAGGAACACAAGUGUGUUACAUGUGACCUUGGGUGUGACAGUGAGGACGCAUUAGCAGCGCACUAUAUGGAAUCUCAUCCAGAUCAGCAAGUCUUUCCCUGUGAAACUUGCCGCAAGGUGUUCACAGAUCGUGACAUGCUUCAGACACAUUUGCGCAAGCACAUGCAGAUUAAAACGGGAGAAAACUCAAGUGAGCAGACUUAUCUUUGUAACAUCUGUGACAAGGAGCUGAAGUCCCUUUCAACUCUUCGUGUUCAUGUACAGUCUCACAACAAGGUCCGGUCAUUCAAGUGCGAUAUUUGCCAAGAAAAAUACACUACAGCAAGUAACCUACGCAAGCAUCGCAAAAUACAUAACACAACACGCAUGUACAAAUGCCCCCAUUGCCCAAAGGAGUUCACGACGAAUAACUACAAGUUGAAGCACAUCAAGCGUGUGCACACAAGAGAUUUCCAAUAUGGCUGCAGCCAUUGCCCAAAGAAGUUCCUGGAGAAAAAACGAUUCCAACAACACAUGGUACUCAUGCAUGCCAGUAUGCUCACUGAAGACGACUAUGCAACUAUGACCCUGGUAAAAAAGUUGCACUGUAGCCUGUGUUCCUACGUGACAUACAGCAGCAAGAGCUUCAGGCAACAUGAAGUUACCCACACUGGAAAGUAUCCUCAUACAUGCAGUGAAUGCAACAAAGGCUUCACAUUCCGGUUCGAACUGACCAAACACGUGCGCUGUGUGCACCAAGCCCAAUUCUUCCGCUGCGAGAGCUGCAAGCGUACUUUUACUGCCGAGGAAACCUACAAGAUACACAAGGAGCACCAUGACCGUGGGCUUGGUUUCACAUGUACCGAAUGUGGAAACAUGUACGAGACUCAGGGUCACUAUGAGCAGCACAUGCAGGCACAUUCCAGUGACCUGCCUUACGAGUGCCCCACUUGCAAUAAGCGCUUUGCCUUGACACGAUCACUAAACCUUCAUCGCCUGUCACAUGACAAACAGAGGACACCUCGGCCACGGCCUUACAGUGGCAACCGUAGUUGGGAGUAUUACUGUGAACUUUGCAAUGUAUUUUAUAAAUACGGCUCUAGCCUGGUGGCCCAUCGUGUGUGUGUGCAUGGAAAUGGCCCCACUACUACUUGUCCUUAUUGUGAUAAGAAAUUUAACAGCCGGCUGACGCUGUCAAUGCACAUACGCAUGCACACUCGGGAACGCCCCAUGCGCUGCAGCUAUUGUGGGAAAACCUUCCGUGUCUGGAACAGCCUCAAACGACAUGUUGUCACAAGUCACACAAAGGACUUCAAGCUUUUCUGUCCACUAUGCAACAAAGGGUUCGUCUCGAGGUCCUACCUGAAGGUGCAUCUUAAGAGUGCACACAAAGCCGUAAUGUCAGGCCCUGGUAAGCGGAAGCGGUUGCCUGAUGGCCCCACUGCAGCACAGCAUCCUCCUGCACGCACAACGACAGUACAAAAGCCGCCUGUCAUCAUACCCAUGCCCGCUAAACUUGAUCGCUCCACCCUCGUGCCACAGGCCAGGAGGCCACGCCACCACACGGCAAAAGCAGCUGUUGUGUCCACUGUCCCUGUGGCCACCCAACUUCCUCUGGUGCCCCCACCGACACAGGUGGAUGCCUCACAGCGACCACAGCCACAACGGCCACAACAGCUUCCACUAGAACGGCCUGAGCUGCAACAGCAGGCACAAUUGCAGCAGCUGCACUUGCAGCAGCUACAGCUGCAGCCAUCACAGAUGCACCCACAGCACCUACAGCCACCUCGGCAGCACGCACAGCAGCAACGGGAUCUCUUUGAAAUGCAACAAAUCCCACACUUGGAAACAGACACUUACUCACUCAUGUUAUUGUGAAAACUUUUCAUUUCCCCAUCACUUGCCUGCAAUUUCUUGGGCAGGACUGUUGCUCUUGUGGACUGCUAUCAGGAGUGCUGUGUGCUUUGUGCAUGAAUCAUACUGGGUUGAGGAUGGAGCGAAGUAUAGUUCACAGGCUUAUGCAAGUAAAUUUCUCACCUGAGCUGUGCUGCACCUUUUUCGCAAACAAGUAAUGCUGAAAUAUCACUUUUUUGAGGUGUAGAAUACACUGGAAAAGAUGUUACCCACCGAGGAUUUAAUGGGUAUUUGCAACAAUGAGACACACUCAAGUGAACCAUUUGUCUGUGUUCUCAACUUUAGCACUUGCUAAGCCUUUUCAGUUUUGCACUCUUCAUGCAAAUCUCUGAAAGUACCAUUAGAAUAUCUGACCAUAGCAGGUGUUGACUAUAUCUAUCAUUACUAAGUGUUUCCACUUGUAGAAGUUUUUAUGCAAAGCGUACACCGACUUGUUGUUUAUUUUUAUCAUCCAUAGGAAAAAUAACAUUUACAAGCAAGAAGUGCUCCUCCGAUUCAAAAGUUGGCUUCCUGAUAUAUACUAUGUUUUUAUUUUUGUAGCCAUAGCAAGCAUUAUAUAACACGAAUGUGAGAAACUCAAUGUGGCAUUACGAAGCGCAUGCUUUUCUUUUCUUACAGAAGUAUCAUUAUAAGAUAGCAUAGUGUUUGUCACUUAUUUAGCUUUCGUUUAUUAGAGAGAUCAAGAUGAAAUAUAUUUAGUUUAUGUCUUGUAUGUUUAUUGCUAUAACAGCAUGAAAGCAUGUAAAAAUCAGCCCAGUGUUUUUAACCUUAUUUUUGUGUGUUCUUGUGGAACCUUUCAAUUUUAACAUGAUAGCGUUAAGGGCCCCGUGUCGAUGUUUAGAAAAAGUUUAUUUCAACAAAAGACAAUACGAACACUUUGAGUCGCAAUGAUGGCAUCCACCAGGAUGAUAACAUAUACAAAGUACAAGUGCAUCAAGUGCAAGUACAAGUGCAUCAGAAAAAAAAUCAUCCCAAACCACAACCAUGCAGGCCCUCCGCUUCGUGUGGCACAUAGGUGUUACUGAAUUGAAUUUCUCAAAGUAAAAUGAGCCAGAAAAUUUGUAAAAUCCUACUUGCACACAACCAACAGACACGAUGGCAUCUGAUUGUAAUUUGAAUGCACGAGAAAAUAGUUUGCAUAUGCGAGAAAACAAUUCUGUUAUGCAAAAACUCAAACACAAACUCCCUUCUUUUGCUUACGGGCGUGUGAGCCAUUGCUUUGCCCUGCACUGCUGGCGGGAUCGGCCCACCAUUGUUUUCUAUUGGGCCCUGUGUCGCAAAAUAUCCCAUGCCAGUGUUGCGAUGAACAGAGCCCAAUAACACUAUCACGUUCCAUUUUUAAAGGCAAAGCUUAAGCGUCCUCCCAAGUUAUUUGGGCGUGCAUUGCCUCCAGUCACUUCAUCAGUCUUCAUCCUAGUGUUUAAUGAAAAUACAUCUUUGGUUCAUGCCUUCUACACUAACUUUUUUGUUAAUUUAUGAUCAUUGAAAGCAGGAAGAAAAAUUGCAAAGCAUAUGUGUUUUUUGCUGUGAAAGUUUAAUUUUAACAUUGCUAAUUGUUUAGACAUUCAUAUUCAUAUUGCUGGUGUGAUUAAAUGAAACGCGUUGCAGUCCACUUAUAAAGAUAGCACUUAUACUAACAGGUUGUAGCAGUGGGCUUUGUCUGCAAUUAAUUGUAUAGUGAAGCUGUAAAAUUAGUCUGUGUACAUACUUCAAUGAUUGAAUUGUCUGAUACCCUCCAUGCCUUUAUAAGUAGACUGCUAUGUGGAUGUUGUUCAUGUGUACUUUGGCAAGUGUGUAACAUGCUUUAUUUAAUAUGCUUGCUUCUAGGUCUGACUUGGAACCAAGCACUGUAAUAUGUAAAAUGGCAUAAAGUGUAAUGCACAGGCUUCCAAAAAAAUCUGAGGUCGCAAGCUAGCAUUUGCUAUGAACAUUUUUGUAAAAAUCAUCAGUUCAAUACUCACAGUAACAGUGCACAAGCAGUGAACAUAGUGGGCUGUUAAAGGCAGACUGGACUUUGGAUCACAGUAGGAUUGCAUUACAGCUCAAGUGUUGUGCUAAGCAUAAUUAUGUAUGACUGUGCUUUUUACAGUUCAGCCUGCUUGUUACUUAUUGCAUUAGUCCUUUACCUCAAAAGGAAGUGUCCAUUUUUGUGGCCAUGUACAACUGUUUUAAGUUAUUCUUUGUGUUUUUGUCUCACUUUUUCCUCAUUUUCUUGGUUUUAUGUGCUUACUGCCCUAAAUAUCACUAUGGAAAGAAGCACUGCAAGCAGGGAGGUCAGUGUAAAUGUUUCCUGAAUGCAUUGCUUUGCUGAAAAUGAACCAGUUUUAUCACUUUU